CCCUGGCUGUAUCCAAAAAGAAGGGACCACUGCGUGGGGUCCUAUUGAAGCGGCGAUUCAAAACCUAGCGCAUAUUACUUAAGUUUUAUAAUUGCUUUAAACUUUUAAUACCUCAGAGAAACAGAUAAAGGCAACGUUCAGCGGAUUGUUCCUCUUCAACAGUGGAAAUACUUGACAUGCGUAUGCGUCUUUACAAGCGAAGCCUAAAGUGCCCACAGAGGGGGACAGGCCUGUCCCUGCAGCACCCUGAGUCCAGUGCAGAAGUAGGUCAACUGAGGGCACCCAUGGCUGAUUCUGCUGUUGAUCCAAAAAGGCGUGACGCAGACCCAUGUUUUGUGAAGCUAAAGAAUCCACGCACAGACACAGCAUCUCUGUAUAUGUUUGGCAGCGGUGAUACACAGUUAUAUGAAGUGAAAGCGUUUGAAGAAGACUUCCACAGCUGGUUUAUUGGUCAAACUGUACAACACGAUGGGAGGCUCCUCUUCAUCACACCACUCGACCCUCUCUAUCUUCUACUGCCAUAUUUACUUCAUGCUGGCAAAGAGGAGAAGUUUCAACCCUUGGAUCAGCUUUUAGUGGAUGAGAAUUUCCCAGCCUGCUCCAGACUGCUGAGCUGUCCCUGUUCCGUGCAGCAUCUUGCAGAAGAAAAAGAGGUGGGAAGUCGGAAAUUUUAUCGGUACAGUCAAGAACGGACAUUAGACUGGUUAAAGAAAAAGGUUGACAGAACAGUUGUUGCUCUUAAGAAAAAGAAUAUUUCAGUUGGAGAAGGAGUAAAGUCUGCAACAUAUAUAAAAGUGAAGACUGAAUCAAACUGUCGUGAAGAGGACUACUUGCGAUAUGCCCACGGACUUAUCUCAGAGUACCUCAGUGAAGAUUUGAGCAAUGCCCUCCUCAAACACUUAAAUUUACCCGAACUCACGAGCCCAAAAGAGUCUGAGCCACCAUCAAAGAAGCGGAAACUGUCUGACAAACCCGUGGAGGCUGGAGAGGACUACACUAAAUUCAACAGUGCAGACUUUGUGCGAAAACCACCGAAGAAGAUGACGGCUGCUCAGAAAACGCUGGCUAAAGUGGACAAAAGCGGCAUGAAGACUAUGUCGUCCUUUUUCAGUCCCAAGGUCAAAAAAUAAAAAUAAAUGUUUUGCUAUAAUGGACUACAUUGUAA